UUCCGGUUGGACUGCAGUGCGGGAAUUUUUGAGAAGCAUCGAGGAUAGCUUGGAAAUAAAAACAAAGUCAACGAGAUGCCCCCUAAAGCCAAGGCAGCAAGGAAGGGCAGAGGACCAGAAAAGAGAAAGCUUGCUGAGGAGUUCCCCCCUGGAGAAGUACUUACAGAUACUGGCAAGAAGUCCUGGAAACUGGGAGCCCCCAUUGGACAGGGUGGCUUCGGACUGCUCUAUCUGGCCGAUGAGAAUUCAUCUAAAACGAUUGGUGCUGGUGCCCCAUAUGUCAUCAAAGUGGAGCCCAGUGACAACGGACCACUGUUCUCAGAGCUCAAGUUCUACAUGCGAGCUGCCAAGCCGGAUCAAAUUCAGAGCUGGAUGAAGUCUCACAAGACAAAGUAUUUGGGAGUGCCAAAGUACUGGGGGUCUGGACUGCAUGAGAAAGGAGGGAACAGGUACAGGUUCAUGGUGAUGGACCGGUUUGGGACGGACCUGCAGAAGAAGUUUGAGGAGAGUGGGAGGAGGUUCCCCCGAAAACUGGUCCUGCAGCUCGGACUGAGACUCCUUGACAUUCUGGAGUACAUCCAUGAGCAUGAGUAUGUCCACGCUGACAUCAAAGCAUCCAACCUCCUCCUCAGCCACAACAACCCCAAUCAGGUUUAUUUAGUAGAUUAUGGGCUGGCCUAUAGGUACUCUCCUGAAGGCAUACUGAAGGAGUACAAGGAGGACCCUAAGAGGUGCCACGACGGGACCAUCGAGUUCACCAGCAUCGACGCACACAAAGGAGUUUCUCCUUGUAGAAGGAGUGAUCUGGAGAUCCUGGGGUACUGUAUGGUCCAGUGGCUCUGUAGUAAAUUGCCCUGGGAAGACAAGCUGCAAGACUCCCUCUACGUCAGAGACUCAAAACUACGAUGCAGAGAUAACGUCUCAGACUUCAUGUCUCAAUGUUUCUCCUCACAAGACAAGCCAGACGAACUUCAGAAGUUUAUGGAGGAGGUGAAGACUCUAAGCUACACAGACAAGCCGGCCUAUCAGAAGCUCCGGUCCAUUCUGGAGGCGGGGCUUAAGUCAAUCGGUGCCAAAGAUGACGACAAGCUGGAGUUCUUCUCAUCGGUCAACGGAAUCGGGCCAUUGUCCUCUGUCGAGAAGACUCCCAAAAGAAAGAGAGCGGUAGAUUAUAAAGGGGAGGCUAAUGACGAGACCGACAGCACUCCCGCCAAGAAAAGAAAAGCUGAAAAGAAAGAGGUGAAUGGAGUGAAAAGGGUAGUCAUCCCCAAGAAGAAAGCAACCCUUAAAAAGACUGCUGCUAGCCCCAAGAAGAAGGCUGCUAGCCCCAAGAAGAUACUGGUGGAGAUGGCUACUCAGACUACUCCUGGCCUGAAGAGAGGCAGAGGUAGACCCAAGAAAAAGGCAGACCCAUUAGAAUCAGAAUGAGUUGUACUUCUCAUUCUGUGUUCCAGCCACCCUUUAAUUUGAACUAUUUUGCAGAUAUGACACAAACAAUCAUAAUAUCAGUCAAAAAAAUGUCAAAUUCCCAGUUUACGCUACAAAAUCAACUUUGUAACGGUUUUAAAUAUAGCUUCUAUUUGACUAAACAGUCUAUGAUGUAGACUAAGGCAAUGUUGGCAGAAUAGAUGGAUACAGUUCAAUGCAUGAUUGAUUUAAUUCACCAAUACAUUUCUUGUUAGUCCCAAAAAUAUUGCUAUCAGGUUGUAAAUCACAGCUGGCCUGGUACAUUGUUUGCUGCCUGCAUUCAGGAUGCACCGUUUUAGUCUCAAUGACUCAAUAUUUUGGACCAAAACGCAUGAAAUGUAACUAAGGAUAGGCCUAUCAAUACAAUCGAACUAGCAAGAGCAAUGAUCACAAGUCAGUCAUAACGUGGCUAAUAGGCUAGCUUUUCUACUCAUGUGUCAAGCUAAAAAUGCGGAGCCUAACGCUAGCAGGAUGUCAUGCCCUUGGAGGAGUGGUUGAGUGACUGACUUAUUCCCCCCUCACGGUGUAGCCUAGUGGUUAGAGCGUUGGACUAGUAACCGAAAGGUUGCUAGUUCAAAUCCCCGAGCUGACAAGGUACAAAAUCUGUCGUUCUGCCCCUGAACAGGCAGUUAACCAGCUGUUCCUAGGCCGUCAUUGAAAAUAAGAAUUUGUUCCUGACUUGCCUAGUAAAAUAAAGGUAAAAAAAUAUAUAUAUAUAUUGUUUUUCGGUGGCUAUACACAUCUAGAGAUGCAGGUGUCAUUCGGUUAGCUAGCAAGAACUUGAACGACUGUUAUUCAGUUAGCAUAUCUCUUGCGUUUGCAAAUUCACUCUGGCUAUCUACUCCAAUUUCAGUGCACUCUUGUCUGAGUGUGCCAGAACCCAGAAUAACGGAUGAAUUUACACUUGCGGAAUAUGACCAGUGUCAGUAAACAUAUGCAAAGAAGGUAAUUGUUCAUCACAAACACUUUGGUUAGCAUGUGAACAGCCUAACCAGCUCUGCUACGCUGAGUGAAAUGGUCAGUGAGGUGUUCUCUCAUUUGUGUCUGGAAGUAGCUAGCUAGCAAGCUAGCCAACUUCAGCCGGUUAGCUUGGGUGCUUUGUUGGGACAAGCAUGUAUUGGCAGGCAAGCUGUAGAAUGACAAGUAGGCUACAAUUCCCCAUUGUUUAUGAGUGCAAUUUUGACAGCCAACUAGCUGAACAAGUUUGAGAGGGUCUACAGUUGUCUGAAGUUUACAUACACCUUAGCCAAAUGCAUUUAAACUCAGUUUUUCACAAUUCUUGACAUUUAAUCCUAGUAAAAAUUCCCUGUCUUUGGUCAGUUAGGAUCACCACUUUAUUUUAAGAAUGUGAAAUGUCAGAAUAAUACCAGAGUAUUUCUAGGACAUUUCUCUAAAAAGUACGAUCUUUGUCCCCAUGUGCAGUUGUAAAUCGUAGUCUGGCAUUUUUCUGCUGGUUUUUGAGCAGUGGCUUUUUCUUGCUUUGUGGCCUUUCAGGUUAUGUCGAUAUUGGACUUGUUUUUCUGUGGAUAUAGAUACUUUUGUACCUGUUUCCUCCAGCAUCUUCACAGGGUCAUUUUCUGUUCUGGGAUUGAUUUGAACUUUUCACACCAAAGUACGUUCAUCUCAAGGAGACGGAACGCGUCUCCUUCCUGAGCGGUAUGACGGCUGCGUGGUCUCAUGGUGUUUAUACUUGGGUACUAUUGUUUGUACAGAUGAACAUGGUACCUUCAGGCGUUUGGAACUUGCUCCCAAGGAUGAACCAGACUUGUGGAGGUUUACACAUUUUUUUUUCUGAGGUCUUAUCUGUUUUCUUUUGAUUUUCCCAUGAUGUCAAAAGUUUGAAGGUAGGCCUUGAAAUACAUCCACAGGUACACCCACAAUUGACUCAAAUGAUGUCAAUUAGCCUAUCAGAAGCUUCUAUAGCCAUGACAUCAUUUUCUGGAAUUUUCCAAGCUGUUUAAAGGCAGUCAACUUAGUGUAUGUAAACUUCUGACCCACUGGAAUUGUGAAACAGUGAAUUAUACGUGAAAUAAUCUGUCUGUAAACAAUUGUUGGACUGGUCUUGUCAUGCACAAAGUAGAUGUCCUAACCGACUUGCCAAAACUAUAGUUUAACAAGAAAUGUGUGGAGUGGUUGAAAAACGAGUGUUAAUGAUUCCAACCUAAGUGUAUGUAAACUUCUGACUUCAACUGUAUCUAUUGCCCCUUUUGUUAGAUUUUAGCUCAUCUUGCUCAGCCGAGCAUUAGUUGUUCUUGUUGAAUUGCAUAACUGAGGGAGAGAGAGCCCACCUCUCAAUGGUUGUAAAGUUCCCAAAUGUAAGAGGACUGUGGUGUUUAAGUAUUUGCAGAAAUCCAUGCAGGUAUAUUUUUGUUGCUUUUAUCGAAUGUGCUCAAAUGAUCUAAACGUUGAGCUGUUGUAGCUGCCUGUAAACACACAGUCCAGUUCAAAGUGAAUGCUGACAGGCCUGUCCAGCAAAUGGCUUGUUUGUAUUAAAGCCCUACUGUAGCUCCGAUUGCCUACAGCACACCAGUCUGUGUCGACUCCGGUCUUGGACAAGACAGAUGUUUUUAUUAGGUUUUAUUUACUGCGGUGUCUAUUACUUGUCCAAACUCACUGCCAAUUUCUCACUCUAUAUUGCUGUAGAAAUUUCACAACCACCUUAGUAUAUGUAAAUUCCAAACAUUCUAAGAAUUUAUGGGGAAAAAAAUGUGAAAACGACAUUAUCUAAGUGCUUGUCAGAAUGUUUUAUUUUUUUAAGUGUCAUUCUUCCUGGGGGUGCAUAUGAACACAUUUUAAUACGAUUUCAUAUUUCUAAAAUGCUGUCAGUUCCACUUUAAGAGAUACUCCUUUUUUUUCUUAUUUUUUAAAAAGUUUGUACAGUAUCGUUUAUCUCUUCUGCACGGCAUAUUUUUUUAAGUAUUUCAUUUUGUUAACACGCAUGGCCUUCUGUAAGUUGGAUAAUAAAAUAAUAAUAAUGUGA